AGACAAUUGAGCGGACAAUCAAGACACAAAAACUAAAAGUCUCCGUGAGAAGCUAAGGCGAGAAAAUCAGAAAAACGAGUAACCAUAGCUGGCUCGUUCCAGACUGCGUGGAUAGCGGCUCAGCAUCCAACUCAUCACUUGCGCUGAAUGGGAGUAGCUAAAGCGAAACGUUGACCGCGAUCGAGAACAAGGCAGGGGAGAGCGAUUGGGACAACUGUAAAAGAGCGGUUUGGAAAUCGCUGAACCGCGCAGAAGCAUUUGGAACGGGACAGACACAUCACCGUAGCUACUCAUAUCAUAAUUUACUUAACAAAAUACUUUGGAUUGCUCAAGAACUGUGACAAACAACAUGCACGUGACAGCGAGAGUCAGAACAUAGCUUUCAAAACAGACGGAAGGAGAGAUGGCUACAUUUUGAAUGGGGGAUUUGUUACAGCUGACCGGGUACAUACUAAGUGCUCAUUCAUCGGACUGACGUUUGCUACAUAUGAUGCAACAGCAACAGCAAGGAUCGUUCGUCUCCCCUUUGCUCAGCGGUGUGUUCUGUGAGUGCAGCUCGGAAGAUAUGCCGCCCGGUUCAGAUCCCGGUGGGGGGAUCGAACCCACAUCCGAGACUCCGUCUAAGUUCUGGAAUUGCUCAACGUCGGAACCGGGCAAUGGGACGUGCGAGUCCUCACAUCCCUGUGGCGGCGUGCUUUGCGGAGGAGCUGACCAGGAACAUAGAUUCAAAGUCUUGUUUCAGGUGUUGGACGUCAAUAAAGACGGUGGAAUCUGCGUUAAUGACUUGACCAUCGGACUUAAAAAACUGGGUGUCCAUCGCACAGAGCAUGAACUUAAGAAAAUUGUGAAAGCAGGAGACAAAGAUCUGGACGGGCAGCUGGAUUUUGAAGAGUUUGUUCACUACCUUCGAGAUCACGAAAAGAAACUGAGACUGGUCUUCAAGAGCCUGGACCGUAAGAAUGAUGGGCGCAUCGACUCCCAAGAGAUCAUGCAGUCCCUUAGAGACCUCGGCGUUCACAUCUCUGAGCAGCAGGCCGAGAAAAUCCUCAAGAGCAUGGACAAAAAUGGAACGAUGACCAUCGACUGGAACGAGUGGAGGGACUACCACCUGCUCCACCCGGCCGACAACAUUCCUGAGAUCAUCCUGUACUGGAAACACUCCACGAUAUUCGACGUUGGUGAGAGCUUAUUGGUGCCAGAUGAGUUCACGGCAGAGGAGAGGAAGACGGGGAUGUGGUGGCGACACCUAGUGGCAGGAGGGGGAGCGGGUGCGGUGUCUCGGACCUGCACCGCUCCACUGGACAGGCUGAAAGUGCUCAUGCAGGUACACGCGUCUCGCAGUAACAGCAUGUGCAUAGCAGGGGGCUUCGCCAACAUGAUCAAAGAGGGCGGGAUGAGGUCGCUGUGGAGAGGCAACGGCAUCAACGUCAUCAAAAUCGCACCAGAGUCUGCCAUCAAGUUCAUGGCCUACGAGCAGAUUAAACGUGUGAUUGGCACUGAUCAGGAGUCUCUGGGUAUUUUGGAGCGGCUGGUGGCAGGGUCUCUGGCAGGGGCCAUAGCUCAGAGCAGCAUCUACCCCAUGGAGGUCCUGAAGACUCGGUUGGCACUCGGGAAGACGGGUCAGUACUCUGGAAUUGCGAACUGCGCCAAACACAUCUUCAGGAAGGAAGGGCUGGCAGCGUUCUACAAGGGCUACAUUCCCAACAUGUUGGGCAUCAUCCCUUAUGCUGGCAUCGACCUGGCCGUAUACGAGACGCUGAAGAACUCGUGGCUCCAGCGCUACGCAACAGACAGUGCUGACCCGGGCGUGUUUGUCCUGCUCGCCUGUGGCACCACGUCCAGCACCUGUGGCCAGCUGGCCAGCUACCCACUGGCCUUGGUCCGCACGCGGAUGCAGGCUCAAGCCAGCGUGGAAGGCAGCCCCCAGAUGACCAUGUCCGGACUCUUCAGACACAUCCUCCAGACAGAGGGGGCCACGGGGCUGUACAGGGGCCUGGCCCCCAACUUCAUGAAGGUCGUCCCGGCGGUCAGCAUCAGCUACGUAGUGUACGAGAACCUCAAAGUGACACUGGGUGUCCAGUCGCGAUGAGGCAGAGAGAGAGAGAGAGAGAUGCGUGAUGACUGAAGGGUUUCAUUCAAACAGGGGGGGGCUGAGGAAUCUUGGGGUGCAGAGGUGCGCCCCAAAGGUUUGCACACAUCAUCUCAUUCUGUGAAUGUCUGGGGGACAAAGGCGGAAGAAGAGGAGUGCAACACUAGUGAACACAAAAGCAAGAAGCUACUGACUUAGGCUGGCUUUGGACUUGAGACUGAGCUGGAACAAGGGGCCAGUUACUCAGCACCUUUUAAUAUUGGUUUGAUUAUUAUUAUUAUUGUUGUUAUUUCUGUCAUUAUUUAAUUUUUUUAAUGUUCAAGAGAGGCACUUCUAAGUAGGCCCUUGCUGGCAUUUUGAUUGCUACAACACGUCAAAAAAAUAAUAGCAACAAUCCAAAAAAAAAGUCUCCCAGCUGGGAUCUGCCCCCACCAAACAUCAGUCUGAAGAUGUGUCACACGUUGUUUGGGACCAAGGAUCUGUGCUCUGUGGUUGCUGCUCUAGCCUGUUGAUGCUCUACCUUGUCAGCCGCUGGCUUCUUUGCCCUCAAAAUUACCAAUGAGCUGCCUCGACUGGAGUACUGCCGCAGACCAGCAGGCGGCAGUGUCUGUCAACAUGCGUGGGUUUACAGAAAAAGCACCUUCAACCAAAAUCACAUUUAAUUCAAAGGGCUCUUAAUUAUUGUUAUUGCUUUUUUUCCGUAA